CCCUACAGAUCGACAGGAACACAGAUCCUCCCGUACCAGCCUGCAGAGUGCAGUGAGAGUCCAUCCACUUCAGCUGCUGCACUUUUUGAUCGAUCUGCCUGUAUCUGAAUUCUGGCCAGCAUCGUUGGGCAUGACCUACUCGUCGUUCUCCAGUGGCCGGCCAGUAGGAGGCGGGAGGAAGAGCGCGGCCGCCGAGGCAUGGUCGCCGUCGGCGGAGGACGCGCUGGGCUUCGUGCUGGCGGUGAAGGCGGCGUUCAAGGACCGGCACCCGGACAAGUACCACCUCUUCCUCCGCGUCAUGGACGACUUCCGGAACCAGCGGGUCGGCAUCGACGAGGUGACGUCCACCGCCGCGGCUCUGUUCCGGGACAGCCCCGAGCUGGCGCUGGGCUUCAACGUCUUCCUGCCCAAGGGCCACAGGAUCCAGGUCGGGGUCGACGAGCUCGCCGCCUACUUCAUCCGGGACAUGAACCUGGACGACGGCCGCGGCGGCGGCGGCGGCCAUUGA